AUGAAUAAGUGGCUAAACGUAUUACCUACACCAUUUACUUCUCGGUUUUUGACCCCUCAUUAUAGGCGAUCUUUACCACUUUGUCAGAACUUUCUUUCAAAGAAACCGUUAACUCAUAAUCAAGUCAGAUUUUUCAAAAUGAGCGAUCUUGAUAAUUUACCUCCAGUCGACCCAAAAACUGGUGAGGUUAUCAUCAACCCAGUAAAGGAAGAUGGCUCUCCAAAGUCUCCCAAGGAAAUCGAAAAGGAGAAGAAGAAAGCCGAAAAACUGCUAAAAUUUGCUGCCAAGCAGGCUAAGAAGAAAGCUGCCUCUACCACUGGUGCUCCUCAAAAGAAGCCUAAGAAGAAGAAGGAAGUUGAGCCAAUCCCAGAAUUUGUCGACAAGACUGUACCAGGUGAGAAAAAAGUUUUAGUUUCCUUGGAUGAUCCAGCUUUAAAAGCCUAUAACCCAGCCAAUGUUGAAAGUUCUUGGUACGACUGGUGGGUAAAAACAGGCGUUUUUGAACCUGAGUUCACCGCCGAUGGUAAGGUCAAACCAGAAGGUGUAUUCUGUAUUCCCGCUCCCCCACCAAAUGUUACCGGUGCUUUACAUAUCGGACAUGCUUUAACUAUCGCCAUUCAAGAUUCUUUGAUCAGAUACAACAGGAUGAAAGGUAAGACUGUUCUGUUUUUGCCAGGUUUCGACCAUGCUGGUAUUGCUACUCAAUCGGUUGUUGAAAAACAAAUGUGGGCCAACGAAAAGAAGACUAGACACGAUUAUGGUAGAGAAGCCUUUGUUGGAAAGGUCUGGGAAUGGAAAGAUGAGUACCACAACAGAAUUAAGAAUCAAAUUCAAAGGUUGGGAGCCUCUUAUGACUGGAGCCGCGAAGCUUUCACUUUGAGUCCAGAAUUGACUAAAUCCGUUGAAGAGGCUUUUGUUAGAUUACACGAUGAAGGUGUUAUUUAUCGUGCUUCCAGAUUGGUUAAUUGGUCCGUUAAAUUGAAUACCGCCAUCUCUAACUUAGAAGUUGAAAACAAAGAUGUUAAAUGCAGAACUUUACUAUCUGUCCCAGGCUAUGAUGAAAAGGUCGAAUUUGGUGUUCUAACCUCGUUCGCUUACCCAGUUGUUGAUUCUGAUGAGAAAUUAAUUAUUGCUACUACUAGACCUGAAACUCUAUUCGGUGAUACUGCCGUUGCAGUUCAUCCCGAUGAUGAUCGUUACAAGCAUUUACACGGUAAGUUUAUUCAACAUCCAUUCUUGCCAAGAAAAUUACCAAUCAUCACUGAUAAAGAAGCCGUUGAUAUGGAAUUCGGUACUGGUGCCGUUAAGAUUACACCAGCUCAUGACCAAAACGAUUACAAUACCGGGAAACGUCAUAACCUAGAAUUCAUCAACAUUUUUACCGACGAUGGUUUGCUAAAUGAAGAGUGUGGUCCAGAAUGGGAAGGCAUGAAGAGAUUCGAUGCAAGGAAGGCGGUUAUUGAACAAUUAAAGGAAAAGAACUUAUAUGUUGGCCAAGAAGACAACGAAAUGACCAUUCCAACUUGUUCCAGAUCAGGUGAUAUCAUCGAACCUUUAUUAAAACCUCAAUGGUGGGUUUCCCAAGGUGAAAUGGCCAAGGAAGCCAUCAAGGUUGUGAAAGAUGGCCAAAUCACUAUCACCCCUAAAUCUUCUGAAGCCGAAUACUUCCAUUGGUUAGGCAACAUUCAAGAUUGGUGUAUUUCCAGACAACUAUGGUGGGGUCACCGUUGUCCAGUUUAUUUCAUCAACAUUGAAGGUGAGGAACACGAAGGAAUUGACGGUAACUAUUGGGUUGCCGGUAAGACCUUGGAGGAGGCUGAGAAAAAGGCUACUGCCAAAUUCCCUAAUGCCAAGUUCACUUUGGAACAAGAUGAAGAUGUUUUAGACACCUGGUUCUCAUCCGGUUUAUGGCCAUUCUCCACUUUGGGCUGGCCAGAAAAGACCAUGGACAUGGAGACUUUCUACCCAUUUUCUAUGUUAGAAACCGGUUGGGACAUCCUGUUCUUUUGGGUUUCUAGAAUGAUCCUGUUGGGCUUGAAGUUAACUGGCUCCAUUCCAUUCAAGGAAGUCUUCUGUCACUCUUUAGUUCGUGAUGCUCAAGGCCGUAAGAUGUCAAAGUCUCUAGGUAACGUUGUCGACCCAUUGGAUGUUAUUACCGGUAUUAAGUUGGAAGACUUGCAUGCUAAACUAUUACAAGGUAACUUAGAUCCUAGAGAGGUCGAAAAAGCUAAAAUCGGUCAAAAGGAAUCCUACCCUAACGGUAUUCCUCAAUGUGGUACAGAUGCUAUGAGAUUUGCCUUAUGUGCUUAUACCACUGGUGGUCGUGAUAUUAACCUGGAUAUCUUGCGUGUUGAAGGUUACAGAAAGUUCUGUAACAAGAUUUAUCAAGCUACCAAGUUUGGUUUAAUGAGAUUGGGUGACGACUACCAACCACCUGCUAACGAAGGUUUAUCAGGUAAUGAAUCCUUAGUUGAAAAGUGGAUCUUGCAUAAAUUGACUGAAACCUCUAAGGUUGUUAAUGAAGCAUUGGACAGGCGUGACUUUUUAACAUCCACCAGCAUCAUCUAUGAAUUUUGGUAUUUGAUUUGUGAUGUCUACAUCGAAAAUUCCAAGUACUUGAUUCAAGAAGGUUCUGCUGUUGAACAAAAAUCAGCAAAAGAUACUUUAUACAUCUUACUAGACAAUGCUUUGAAGCUGAUUCAUCCAUUCAUGCCAUUCAUUUCUGAGGAAAUGUGGCAAAGAAUUCCAAAGCGUUCCACCGAAAAAGCUGCCACAAUUGUUAAGGCUGCUUAUCCAGUAUAUGAAUCCAAAUACGAUGACGUUAAAUCUGCCGAUGCCUACGAAUUGGUCUUGAACAUCACCAAGGAAGCCCGUUCUUUAUUAUCUGAAUACAAUAUAUUGAAAAACGGUAAGGUUUUUGUUGAAUCUAAUCUUAAGGAAUACUUUGAAACUGCCAAUGCUCAAAAGGAUUCCAUCGUUUCUUUAAUUAAGGCCAUUGAUGAAGUUACCGUUGUCCAUGAGUCUUCUGAAAUUCCAGAAGGUUGUGUGUUGAAAUCUGUUAAUCCAGAAGUUAAUGUACAUCUUUUGGUCAAGGGUCACGUUGACAUUGAUGCUGAAAUCACUAAGGUUCAAAAGAAACUAGAAAAAGCCAACAAGUCCAAGAGCAAUAUUGAGCAAACUAUUGACAGUAAGGAUUAUGAGUCGAAGGCUAAUGAACAAGCUAAAGAGGCUAACAAGACCAAAUUGGAUAACACAGUUGCCGAAAUCGAAGGUUUGGAAGCCACUAUUACAAACUUGAAGCGUUUGAAAUUGUAG